AUGGCUGAGGAUUUCGUGGCCAAUGAUGCAGCGCUCGCCGAAGGCACCGCUGUCGCCACGGAAGAGGCCUUGGCCUUGGCUCAGGCCUUGGGCACGGACGAGGACCGCAAAGAGCCUUUAAAGGAUAUGAAGGAGGAGAGGCCCAACUCCAGCAGAACUCCGUCUGUUUCUUCCCGGCAGUCCAUCCACGUCGCUGUGCCUUCCAACGUCAGACCUGGGGAGAAGUUUUUCGUAGUGGUGGACGACAUGGAAUAUGAGGUGAUAGCGCCGGAAGAUUGUAUGCCUGGCGAGAUGAUUGCAAUGGAUAUCAUGUCAGAUUUGCGAUACUGGGAAGAUGCACCUGCGGUUAUUGUGUAUCCUGACCCCGAUGGAGGCGACCGGCCCGGGUCAAAUUGGAAUGAAUCCAAAGAGUACGAGGCUUCUGUGGCCGAGUCGGUUGCCACGGACGCCAGCAUCGUACAGAUUACUGUGCCGGACGAUUGCAAAGCAGGUGACACCUUCUUUGCCGCAGUCAAUGGCUUAGAGUAUGAGAUUCUUGUGCCCAAAGGCAGCAACCCUGGGGACGUGAUCACCCUGGAGGUACCAUCAAAACACGCAGUUGGAAAGUUCGCUGUGCCAGCUGCAACUGAUGUGCCGUCUAUUCUCGUACGAGAUGCUAUGACUAGCCAGGGCUCCAGCGAGACGGACAUUUUUGCAGAAAUUUCCGUUCCGGAGAAUACAUACCCUGGCCAAACCUUCGUGGCUAUCAUCGACAAGACGGAGUUCGAAGUUCCUGUACCGGACGGCUACGGUCCUGGAGACCGAAUGACGCUUCAGGUGCCUUCACGUGGCUUCAUGCCGAGGCCUCUGCCGUCUGAGCUGCGGGAAAUGCGCCAAGAGCUCCAAGAAGUGCGUCAAGAGCUGCAAGCCGUCCGGCAAGUGCAGAUGUCUCAAAAGAGAGCUGAAGAGUCAACGCAACAUGAAUCGAAAUCCUCCGGCGACUCAAACUUUAUCGAGAUAUUCAUUCCACCGGACUGCUACGCAGGAGAUGUCUUUAUUGUUGAAGUGGAUGACGUCGAGUUCGAGAUGGUUGUCCCGGAAGGCUGCACGCCGGGUGAGGUGAUUUACAUGGAUGUGCGCGAGGGUGCUGGGUACCCAGCCAACGAGCUCAGCAGCAAGCAGAAGAGCAGCUCAAGACCUGCCUCAGCCGUCAAGAAAAAGAUCCUGCAGGAGCUUGCAAAGGAGCAGCUUGCUCGCGAAGCCGCUGCCGCGGCUGCCGCGGUCUUGGAAAUCACGAUUCCGGAUGAUUGCUAUCCAGGCGAUGUUUUUGUCAUCGAGGUGAAUGGCGUAGACAUCGAGCUGGUUGUGCCAAAUGAGUGCCAACCUGGUGAAGUCAUCUACAUGGACUUGCUCCCAGAAGGACGCGUCACCAACUCUCGGCCUGCAUCGGGCACCACAGCUACGGAUAAAUCGCACUCAAGGCCUGCAAGUGCCAGGAAGAAGGGCAAGGCGAUGGGAACCGAGGAGCCCUCCGAGCCCGAGCCCGGGACCGAAGGAGCCCCGGAAGCUCCGGCUUCGACCAAGCUGGAGGAGAAGCCGGGGAAGCCGGAAGCGGAAGAGGAGACGGCGACGUUGCAGGCGACAGCUCCGGCCCUGGAAGCCGCUGCUCCGGCUCCGGCCGCUCCGGCCGCUCCGGAGGGCCGUGCAGCGUCGGGGUCCAUCGCAGGGACUGAGGAGGACCUGGUCGAGAUUGUGGUCCCCGAAGACUGUGCUCCGGGUGACAAGUUCGUUGCAGUCUUCGAAAUGGAGUUGAAAGUCCCAGAAGGCUGCGAGGGUGGCGACGUCCUAGUGGCUGCUAUGCCUCAUGCCAUACCUGAAGCGGAGUUGGACACCACGGGAUCUACCUCAGCACUUGGUAAAACCUUAGAGGCCAUGGGAUGGACAAAAGAGAUCGAGAAUCUGAAGCAAGAAAUGGAGAAUUUGAAGCAGGAACGCCUCAAGCAACUACCCGAGCCAGAAGUGCAACCAUCUGCAAAAGAGGAGGAUGACAUCCAGAACUUGAAGAAAGAAAUUCAUCACUUAAAGGAGGAGCACGCAAGGCUUCUGGCGCAGUCACUGCACGCAGCCAACAAGCAGCAGAUGGAGCGAGUCGACGUGAAGGAGAAAAUGACCAAAGAAAUGGCAACUUUGCGAAGGGAAGUCCGAAAGCUUAAACAGGCCAUCAAGGAACCACCUCCGAGCAUCAUGAACCUAUUGGGAGCGCAGGCAGCCGAAAUACCCGUCCUGGACAUGCAUUUCAAGCUUGAUGGGGAGCUGUCAUCCUUUGACGAAGCAGACUUUACAAACUCUUUGGCGGAAACGUUGGGAGUCAACAAGUCCCUCAUCCAGAUACGCCUUUCUCCUGGCUCCGUCAUAGUGGAUGCGAGCAUCUCAGUGAGUGACAGUUCCGUAUUGCAUCGGGCUGAGGAGGUACUACGGCUAGAGAAAGAUGAGUUGUCACGGCGCCUGGGAAGCACCGUGCUGGAGCCACCUCGCUUCGUGCUGAUGGCCCAGGGCCCCCAACUGGGCAAGGAGAAGUCGUUGAGCAAUGAGACACCACGCUCCUCGGGUGUCGAUGUCGUGGACGUUACGAUCCCAGACGGCAUCCAUGCCGGCGAUGUUUUCUAUGCCGAGGUGAAUGGUGUGGAGUUCAAGGUUGUCGUGCCCGAGAACUGCGGGCCUGGUAAGAUCAUCGAGAUGGAGGUUCCAUCAUCACUCACGCAGGAAGGCCUCGGGCCAGUGACCAGCCGUUCCAGCUCCUACGAGGCGCAGGAACCACUUUCAGAGAUUGUUGAAGUGGUCAUUCCUCCCGGUGCAUGUGCCGCGGGCGGGUUCAUUGCGACGCUUCACGGGAAGGACUAUGAAAUCUCUGUUCCAGAAGGUGGGCAAGAAGGGGAUACGAUCGAGAUUGACCUGGUAGGACUGUCUCAGCCAUCCUCGCGGAGCUCGCAGGCAUCCAAGAUUUAUGAAGUUGUAGUGCCAGAUUUUCUUAAAGCUGGAGAUUUGUUCAUCGCGCAGCUUGAGGGCAAGGAGUAUGAGAUCCCGGUGCCCUACAGUUGUCGGGGUGGUGACGUUAUAGAGGUUGAUGUGUCAGGCUUGUCAGAGCCGCCCUCCAGCGCUUCGCAGGGCGCUUCGCAGGGCGCUUCGCAGGAUCGACCAGACCAUACCUUUGGAGUCGUCAUACCCGCGACACUGUGCGCUCAUGACUCGUUUACCAUUAUGGUGCACGGCAAGGAGUUCGAAAUCAGUGUUCCGGAGGGCAAGCAAGGUGGAGAUGAAAUUGUGGUUGAGUUUGCAGGUUUGACUCCCCUGGCCGGUAGCAAACUGACCCCGGCCAUGGAUGAGGAGGAGGAUGUUAGCGCCACGCCCACGGAAGGCUCCAUUGCCCCUGGGUCGGAGGCAGCAGAGGGCGAAAUUACUGACGAGGCUGCUCCUGUUGAUUCCGGCCGAUGCAACGAGGAGCCAGCAUCAAAGCGAAGUACUGGAAUGCAGCCGAGUGCUUUGCAAGACGCUUUGAGAGAAGAACAUCCCGACGUCGAACAUGCCUCUGCACCGCAGGUAGGCGGAAAGGAGAUCCUGGAGCGCAUCCAACCGGAGCCAAAACCAGAGGUCCACGAAGAAGAUUGCGGCAAAGAGCGCGAUGCCGCAGUCGAAAACGCCUGCAUGCAGGCAGAGGAGGAGGCGGAGCGGCAGCGCCUUGAGUACCUGGAGCGCCAAGCGAUAGAGGAGGCUGAAAGACUCCGUCGUGAAGAGGAGGAACGUGAAGCUGCGAGAAUAGCUGCAGAGAAGGCGGCUGAGGAGGCAGAGCGGCAACGCAUCGAAGACCUCAAGCGCCAGGCGCUAGAAGAGGCUGAAAGGGCCGCCCGAGAGGAGGCAGCUCGUGAAAACGCGUGCAUGCAGGCAGAGGAGGAGGCCGAGCGGCAGCGCCUGGAGUACCUGAAGCGCCAAGCAAUAGAGGAG